AGCUCCUCCAACACGGUUGCUGGAAAACUUAAAGACUCCCUUGCAGAAGCACUCGAGCUGUACCUUCCAGUAGCUGGAGCCAUUCAUAGUUACGAUGAUGGAAGUACUGGCUUGUAUAUUGCCACAGAUAGCGAAAACCGCCAGGGCACGCCUUUUCUUUUAGAAACGAAAAACAUACCAUAUACCGAAAACGAUGAUGAAAAGAAUAUGUUUUCGCGUGGCACUUCUUUAUUACCCGCCGGAUCAAGCAUAUCUGCUGUUAAAGUAACUCAG